GUUUCCACGGCCCCGUGACUGGAGAAACAAGACUCGUCACUAUCACUGCUGCGGAUCUGGCCUUGCCAUUUCUUCAGAGGCUAUCUUUCCUAUCCAAUCUGCAUAUCAUGCUCGACAAUGAUGCCCUAAUACGCCUCUCUGUGCUCACUGCACUGAUUGUUGCUUUUCAAGUGCUGGUUUCGCAUGUGUCACUGGAGAGAGAGGCAAAACGACGAUGGCAGCAUGCGUUGACUGGACACGUUAUAGUACAGGCCUCCUACAUUAUUCCGAUGAGUUAUGGCAAUGCAGGUCUGAUGAUUGGAGCUGUGGGAAUGGCAUAUGUUCGUCUUUAUCAUCCAUACAAGUUCAUGGAAGCCUUUGGUCCACUCUUGCGACCAGAAGAGCUGGAAGCCGGCAAACUCCCGGGCGCAUUCCAUUUUCUUAUCGGUUCGUCCCUCACUGCCACUCUUUUCAAUCUGCCAAUUGCUCGGUACGCUGUGGAAUGUCUAGCAAUAGCAGACCCAAUGGCUGCCUUUGUGGGAAAAUCAGUGCCGUCGCCACAACUGAAUAAAAGUGCCUCUGUUGUGUGCCUCGGUGGCAGGGGAAGCAUUCUGUGCUUGUUGUUGUAUCCACGUAUCAGUUGGUUGGUGUGA